AAAUAACCGAGUCUCCUCCUCCAGGACCCAGAGCUGCACCCUUCCUCUGAGCUGUAAGACAGAAUGAAUCAGAGUGUUUGGAGCAAAGCCAUGUAUUCCUCCAGCAACAUCUGCCUGGAUGGCUGUGCUGCAGAGCAUCUCUCCUCUUUUCAGCCUGACCUCAUGCCAUCAAACUCAGAUUCAUCAGGCGUUUCAUUGACCUUACACAGAGAAGGCGAGAACAUGAAAACACUACCAGAUAGUGCUUAUUAUAGCAGUGCAGAUGCUGGUUUGAUGUAUUCCAGUCAACUGGAUCUUACUUCAUCCAGAGGCAGCACCAGUGGAUCUUUAUCCAUGGGAAGACACCCGUCUCCCGCACCCACUUCUUAUGGUCACCAUGACUGGAACCUGAACAGAGGCCAUCAAGCAAAGCGUGCGAGAGUAGAAAAUAUAAUCAAAGGUAUGACCAGCCCUCCUCAUAUGUACGACACAGAAGUGAAAACGAAGGAGCGUAAAGAGACCGACUGCAUGCACAAUGACGAAAAGAUCCAAGAAGCACCUUUCCUUCAGAAACGCAUGGAAAGCACGGCUCAAAGCCAGGUAACAAGAAAGCAGCUGGAGAGCCAGCAUCAGCACCCCAGGCAGCUCAGAACAAAGGUUACUCACCUGGAUGGAGUGAGUGAAGCCCAUGAUUCCAUCAAAACAUCUGGUGAUGCGUUUACAGAUUUGUACAGUGAGUUUGAGAGCAGUUCGAGUCUAAAAUAUCAAGGAUGGAAGAAGGUUAAAUUGAUGAACUACUUCCAAUCCAAACCGGCCAGAAUAAGGCUAAUGGCAGAUGUUCUGAAGUACGAGCUGUCCAGAGUUGUCAGCAAGAGCGUUGACUCCAUUUUCAAAAAUGUGCCGCUUUUACAGACGUCGCCAUAUGAAGUGGAAAAUGUAGAGACUGAUACGUCUCUUCAGCCAUCGGUGAGCAGUGAUGAUGAUAAGUUAAGACUUCCAUGUUGUGGGACUCCAGUGGUGCAAACCCCAGAUGUUCAAACAGAAGCUCUGUCUCUGGUUGUGCAAAAACAUGAACUGGAAAGAUCCAGGUUAACAGCUCACCACCGUCCAAAAUCUCCAAAUUUCCUCAUCGUUGACUCUGCCCUGCAGGAAUCUCAAGCAUCAGAGAAGAAUCACCGUGCUCUCAAGAGCCUACAGGACAGUUACUCAGAAGAAGGCCGGAAGUCAGUUAAAGUGAGAUCAAAGGUCAAUUCCAGAUCUGUGAGAAGCCCACAGGCUCACGCUGUGUCUGCAGAUCCAGUGCUUUUGGAAAGCACUGGUCUCCCUCAUGUGAAGGCAGAGUCUGAUAGCCUGGUGAAAAGCAACCUGUACAUGCUGAAUGAGGGUCUGACCACAAACCAUCUGAAGAAAGCAAAGCUUGUGUUUUUCUACACUCGCUACCCGAGUUCACUUGUGCUGAAGAUGUGUUUCCACGAUGUACAGUUCACGCACUCCAUCAGCUCUCAGCUCAUCAAGUGGUUCAGUAACUUCAGGGAGUUUUACUACAUCCAGAUGGAGAAGUUUGCUCGACACGCUCUCAUCGAAGGAGUGGCAGACGUGAGGGGUCUGACUGUGGGGAGAGAAUCAGAACUUUUCAGGGCUCUCAACAGGCACUACAACAAAGCCAGCGACUUCCAGGUGCCCGACAGAUUCCUGGAAGUUGCUGAGAUUACACUGAGAGAGUUUUACGUUGCCAUUUCAAUGGGCAAAGAUCGUGAUCCAUCCUGGAAGAAGGCAAUCUACAAGGUGAUCUGUAAACUGGACACUGAUGUACCAGCUGAAUUCAAAAGUCAUCAGUCUGUAUAAGAACCAGGAGACAUCAUGAUCAUGUGCCACAGUGACCGGUCACAAUGCGGACUUACUCAUUUCUUC